CAGCCCCGCUCCCUCCUCCCCUCAGGCUUCUCGGUAUCAAGAUGACACCCUCCCGCGCUCCUUCCCCCCUUCCUCCUCCGUCCUCAUCCUCAACCAGUGAAGAAGACGAAGAAACACCCCCGGCGGCUAAGAAGCUUCACGAACGCAGCCUAGCGUACUGUACAGGAAGUGAACGCCCUCGCCGGGGCCCCGUGGAGAUGAAGGCGAAGCGAGCGGAGCUUGUGGGAGCCCGUCGAAGGUGCAGAUGAGGUUAGCGGGAAUGCUACCGGGGCCACGCCCCCUCGCACCUCCGGCCAUGUUGUCGAAGAGGAAGGUGUGCGUGGUGCUGGGCAUCGCCGCCCUCCUCCUCCUCAUGCUCGCUAGCCAGAGCAUCCAGAGGAAGCACUUCCUGUCGCUGUCCGUGGCCACGCCCACCCGAGACAACAUCAGCCAGGAGACCGGUGAGAAAUGCUCACUUCUGCGCAGGACUCGCACGUUGAGAUUUCUAGAUGAGCUUCCUGUUGACGUCGGUGGCCCCCACAAACUUGUCAGCAGCUCCCCACUUGAGAAGCUGGCGCAAGGCGAUGCUGGGCGGGACGCAAGGCCCUGCGGCUGUCCCGAGUCGUGCGUGUCUGACCUGAGCGAAUCCGACUGGUUCCGCCGUCGCUACGAUCCCCAACAGCAGCCCGUCCUGCGCGGCGCCAAGGACCGCUUGAACCCGGACGCGCUCAACUGGUGGCUUAGUCUUCAGCGCUCGGGUAACGACCAUACGCUACAGGAAGUGAUGUCACGCAUGUUCCAAGUCGUCUCGCCGCCUUCCGUGGACUUCACGCCGCGGCUGUCGCGUUGCCGCGUUUGCGCCGUGGUGGGCAACUCGGGCAACCUGCAGAAGUCGGGACACGGGAAGCUCAUCGACUCGCAUGACUCCGUCAUCCGGAUGAACAAGGCUGUGACGCACGGCUUCGAAAGAGACGUGGGGAACCGCACCACGCAUCACUUUAUGUACCCGGAAAGCGCGGCGGAUGUGGGCCACGGCGUCAGUCUCAUCCUGCUGCCCUUCAAGCUCCGAGACAUGGAAUGGCUGAGCAGCGCCCUCUCCACCGGCCACGUCAAAAUGACGUACAUGCGCGUGAGAGAGCGAGUGGAGGCCGAUAAAGACAAGGUGCUGGUGGUGAGCCCGGCGUUCUUCAAGUACGUGCACGAGCGCUGGACGGAGCGCCACGGCCGCUACCCGUCCACCGGGAUGCUCGCCAUCGUCUUCGCGCUGCACAUCUGCGACCAGGUCUCCGUGUUUGGUUACGGGGCCGACAAGCAGGGCAAUUGGCACCACUACUGGGAGGAGAACCGCUACGCCGGCGCCUUCCGCAAGACGGGCGUGCACAGCGCCGACUUUGAGAUGCAAGUCAUACGGCAGCUGGCCGAGGAGGGAAAGAUCCGAUUGCACGCGUGAUCCGAGGCCCACCCCGACCGACCGUCCUUGCGCUCGGACGUCCGCCGCUUGUCGACAAAAAGGAACGGCUCGGACGUCCUCUGGCACUGAACAAACAAAACCCGAGCGGGCCAAAACCUUGGCGUCGUCCAUUUUGUGCCUUUUUCAUAAGACAGUAGAGCGUCCUGCAACCACAGAAAAAAAAAAAAAAUGUUCUGAGAUGGGGAACAACCACACACUUUCUGAGGGGAGUUUUGUAUUAUUUUGCAUAUUGACUUUUUUUUUUCUUCCCUCCCCCUCCCUCAUCUGAGCACUUUGCCUUAAGGAAAUUGGCGGCCAUUUUGUGGCUUCACUGAUAACUUAUCCUUUCAUUCAAGCUGAAUGGUCACCGUCCUGUCAGUAUUUUGUCCCCAUUUUUGUUAUGCUUCCGUCUUAAAUUCCCGAAUGAUUUCAAUUGUUGAUGUUCAAGUUGUAGAAAACAAUACCGCAUGGUGACAAAGUCAUAAUCAUGUUGGCAUUUAAAAUUCUGUACAUGUGACAUGAGCGUGCGAAAAUAGGUUGAUCCAAAUGCAUCCAUCCAUAUCCCCAAAAACACAAAUAUUACAUAUGUUAUCAUAUAUAUAUUUUCAUAUUUAGUAAUAAGAAUAAUUUUUGUUUUACGCGACCGGUUGCUCCCUAAAAUGACGUUUCAGUUGGAGUGUUAAAAUAAAGCCCACAAAUAUCACACCUUUAUUGUAUUAAGUAGACAAAAAAUAUCAGAUGUGAGAAUUCAGAAGAAUCAUUCCCAGGAUUUCAACACUCAAUGUCGUAGUGUAACACUUAUAUUUCUUGCACAUUUAUUUAGGAAACAAGGGUAAAAUAAAAACAUUUUGCUGCGUCUUAUUAGUUUUGGUUUCGCACGUUGUCCUAAUGUGGCAAAUUGUAAGGGGGGGGUCAUUGAAUAGAUUUUUGGUACAAGCGUGGCAUCAAAACGGAAUCAUGUUUUGCUGGUUACUUGCCUUGCAAAUGUUGCAAAAAAAAAAAACUUUGGCACAUUCACCACUUUUUUUGUCGUACCGAAAGUCGGCACCACCUGCUGGUGGUGACUUGUACUGUGAAUGUGAAAUGUCCUCCGGUGGCCAGUCGCUUGUGCGCUCACUGCUUUUCGUUUGCAAACGACAACGAAGGAAAAAAAAAUGUAGACCACGCAGUAUUUUUGUGUUUGUAUGUGUGUGUAUGAGGGGCGGGGGGGGGGGUUAAUUUCAAAUGUUGUCUUUUUUUCGUCACUUUUUUUCCGAUUUUCUUGGGGCUUCUAUGGAAAGUGCUUAUUUAUGAAUCGAGUUACAUUUACAUGAACCACUAACGCCUGAAGCCUGUGAAGCAAUGUCUUCAUAAUAUUAGUUUUCUGACAAUGUUUUUCUUUUUUUUUUUGCGGUGGCCCUUCUCUUCAUUUGCUCAAGUUUACAUGGUGGCGUUGUGAUUGUAGUGUUCCUGGGCACGAUUAUCAAAAUGGAUCCUUUCAAGGCAUCAAGAGUCUAAAUUCAGGUUUGCGCCGCGAUUUACCUCCAGCUUUAGUCCAAGUGCACCCCCCCCCUUCGCCUGCCCCCCCCUUUUUUUUUUAUAAUGCGCUUGCCAUAUGUGACCCAGUCUUCCCUCCCCACAUGGCCAGCUUGACAUGUAAGAUUCUGUUUUCUGAAUGUGUGACGGUGCCACUGCUGCCACUUGGACUGAAAAAUGAGAAAAUAAAACAGUUUAAAAAAAGACAA